AUGGCGUUGGCCGAGACCCACCCGGCAGCAUCCUCGCUGCCCAACGGCGACUGCGGCCGCCCCAGGGCGCGGCCCGGGGGGAACCGGGUCACCGUGGUGCUCGGCGCGCAGUGGGGCGACGAAGGCAAAGGGAAGGUGGUGGACCUGCUGGCCCAGGACGCGGACAUCGUGUGCCGCUGCCAGGGAGGAAAUAAUGCCGGCCACACAGUUGUUGUAGAUUCCGUGGAGUAUGAUUUUCAUCUUUUACCCAGUGGAAUAAUUAAUCCAAAUGUUACUGCAUUCAUUGGAAAUGGUGUGGUAAUUCAUCUACCGGGAUUAUUUGAGGAAGCAGAAAAAAAUGUUAAAAAAGGAAAAGGUCUGGAAGGCUGGGAAAAAAGGCUUAUCAUCUCUGACAGAGCCCACAUUGUGUUUGAUUUUCAUCAAGCAGCUGAUGGCAUCCAGGAGCAGCAGAGACAAGAACAAGCAGGAAAGAAUUUGGGGACCACCAAAAAGGGCAUAGGCCCCGUAUAUUCUUCCAAAGCUGCUCGGAGCGGCCUCAGGAUGUGCGACCUCGUUUCCGAUUUCGACGGCUUCUCUGAGAGGUUCAAAGUUCUGGCAAACCAGUACAAAUCUAUAUACCCUACUUUGGAAAUAGACAUCGAAGGUGAAUUACAAAAGCUCAAGGGUUAUAUGGAAAGAAUUAAACCAAUGGUGAGAGAUGGAGUGUAUUUUCUAUAUGAGGCCCUACAUGGACCACCAAAGAAAAUCUUGGUAGAAGGUGCAAAUGCAGCACUUCUGGAUAUCGAUUUUGGAACUUAUCCCUUUGUGACCUCCUCGAACUGUACAGUUGGAGGUGUUUGCACCGGAUUGGGUAUGCCCCCUCAGAACGUUGGAGAAGUGUACGGGGUGGUGAAAGCUUACACGACUCGAGUUGGUAUCGGUGCCUUUCCUACAGAGCAAAGCAACGAAAUUGGAGAAUUAUUGCAGACACGGGGUAGAGAGGUUGGUGUGACUACUGGAAGGAAAAGAAGAUGUGGCUGGUUGGAUCUCGUGUUGCUUAAAUAUGCUCAUAUGAUUAACGGAUUUACUGCGUUGGCACUUACCAAAUUGGAUAUUUUGGACACGUUUACAGAAAUUAAAGUUGGAGUUGCUUACAAGUUAGAUGGUGAAAUUAUACCUCAUUUCCCAGCAAACCAAGAGAUCUUAAAUAAAGUUGAAGUUCAAUAUAAGACUCUCCCCGGAUGGAACACAGACAUAUCAAAUGCAAGGACGUUCAAAGAGCUGCCUGUGAACGCACAAAAUUACGUCCGAUUUAUUGAAGAUGAGCUUCAGAUUCCAGUUAAGUGGAUUGGUGUAGGGAAGUCCAGAGAGUCCAUGAUUCAACUCUUCUAA